AUGCACGGAGAAAAGCGAGCAACAAUGAAACUGCCCAUCUCGUUGGACCUCUCUAAGAAGGAACUGGAAGAACUGAUAGACAAAGCCAAGGAUUGGGCGCUCAUGAAUGGAAUGUGUCUCAGAUCGAAAACAAAUUUCAACCGAGAUGUCUUACAGUUUGCACCAUUUGCGCUUUUCCCAUCACCAUUCCCCCGGGAAGAAUUCCAGAAAGCAUAUGACAUUCAAAUCAUUCUGAACACGCUCAUACACAGAGUGGCUCAUGAUUAUGAUUUCCUGAAAGAAACUUUGCAAGAGAUCAUAAAGGUCGAUGACUUUACUAGAAACUUGUUUCACAUCUACGAAAGUGUUCAUGAGGAAGGAGCAGCUCAGAAAAUAUCUCUCGGUAUAUUGCGCUCAGAUCUAAUGCUGGACACGAGUUGCCCCAAGAAGGAGAUCCAAACGCUCAAGCCUCAUUGUUGUUGGAAGCAAGUUGAAAUAAACACGAUUGCUUCUGGAUUCGGUUGGCUAGGACCAGCAUCCACGCAGCUGCACAAGUUCGUCUUAAGAGAGCUUGGUUACACGACUGAGUUGGAAAAUCUUCCUAAAAAUGAUGCGUUGCAAAUGCUGUGUUCAGGCAUGACACAAGCAUGGGACCUGUAUGGCAAUUCACAGGCAGUCAUUCUAUUCGUUAUUGAAGACGUUACAUAUAAUAUAUGCGAUCAGCGAUUUCACGAGUUUGAGAUACGAAGGCAGAAUCCGAAUAUAAGAGUGAUUCGCAGAACUCUGACGCAAUUGGCGAACGUGGCGAGAUUGGGCUCCGAUAUGGAGUUAAUAGUCGACAAUUAUGUCGCAUCUGUUGUUUACUACAGAUGUGGCUACGAGCCCAAUCAGUAUCACACCCAAAAGGAAUGGGACGUGAGAUUGCUGAUCGAGAGAUCACUGGCAAUCAAAUGUCCGAGCAUUCAAUAUCACUUAGCCGGUACCAAGAAGGUUCAGCAGACUCUUGCAAAGCCUGGUAUGGUCGGGCGUUUCAUAAAGGACGAGACAAUGGCGGCGAAGAUCAAGGAGAUAUUUGCCGGUCUUUACUCAUUGGACUUUGAUGAGCACGGGAACGCCGCGGUGGAAAUGAGCAUCUCCAAACCCGAGCAUUUUGUGCUGAAACCGCAGAGGGAAGGCGGCUGCAAUAAUUUGUAUGGGACAGAUAUCAAAGACUUUUUGGAAUCUGUGAAAUUUGAACAGACUCGAGUAGCUUGGAUCCUCAUGGAUCGGAUUUACCCACCGAUACAUACAAACUAUGUAGUGAAACCUGGAAAUAGCGUAGAUCUCGAGACGAAAGAGUUGGUCUCCGAAUUAGGAAUAUUCGGCGUCAUCCUCGGAGAUGAUAAGAAUAUUAUCACCAAUAACCAGGCUGGUCACAUGUUGAGAACGAAAUUAGCUAUCGAUAACGAAGGAGGUGUAGCGACUGGUCUAGGUGCUUGCGACAGCCCGUUUCUAAUAGACUGAAAUGUCGAGUAAACGAUACAGAGAGCGGGAAGUAUUUUGCAUGAAUCUCCGCUUUGUACACCGUCAACCGAUUACUUUAAUAUCAUUCCUUCUCAUCGCAGUGCUAUCUUUGCUAAAAGAUAUUUUAUGAAUAUGUUUAUGUCGACGCAGGAUGUACAUAUGCAUAUAUUUUAAAUACACUUAUAUUUAU